CAAGGGUCCGGCAUGGCGGCGGCUGCUGAGGGUGUCCCGGCGCCUCUACGGGAGGAGCCCGCGCGAGGCGGGCACCCCUUCUCUCUUGACCCAGACGAUGCCGCGGUGGAGACAGCUGAAGAAGCAAAGGAGCCUGCGGAGGCUGACAUCAAUGAACUCUGCCGGGACAUGUUCUCCAAAAUGGCAACUUACCUGACUGGGGAACUGACGGCCACCAGUGAAGACUAUAAGCUCCUGGAAAAUAUGAAUAAACUAACAAGCCUGAAGUAUCUUGAAAUGAAAGAUAUUGCUAUAAACAUUAGUCGAAACUUAAAGGACUUAAACCAGAAGUAUGCUGGGCUGCAGCCUUACCUGGAUCAAAUCAAUGUAAUUGAGGAGCAAGUAGCAGCUCUUGAGCAGGCAGCCUACAAGUUGGAUGCAUAUUCAAAAAAACUGGCAGAAGCCAAGUACAAGAAAUUAGAGAAGCGAUGAACUACUUAUUCCUGCAGGACAGUCUUUUUUAAUGUGGAAGAAUGUUUUAUAAGACAUGAAUCCUGAGACUGAUGAAUUGUCAAAACUCCUCAGAAGGAACUAUGCUGCUCAUUCCAGAAAUAUGCCAACAUUGGAGUUAACUGGAGGACUGUGGCCACUCCUGAAUGUCUUUUGAGGCAGUAUCCCUCAGAAACUCAUACUAAUAACUCCUUAGCUUUUACUUGAAUGUUUCGUUGUCCAUUCAGGACAGGGAGUCUUUCACAGUUCAGGAUAAACCUGGGCUUGCCAGUAAAAUCAAAUGAGAGGAGGACCUAUUUAUUCCGGUAGUGGUUGAUACUACGUUAUGUUUUUAGAAGGCUGGUUUUUUAGCUACUCUGCAAAUGGUGGUUCUGUUAACGAUGCUAAUGCAUUGCUAACAAGAUGCUGAAUAAAAAAAAAAUAAUAACCUUGUUUUUUACAUUUUAUCACCUUGUAAAUGUCAGUAAUUUACUUUCCCAUAGCAUUGCAAAUAACAGAAAAUCUUAAAGUAAUUCCAGGCCGAAUCUUCUAGACUGAGCAGAAACAGUGAAAGAAGUGUUACCAUGUCUUGGGGUACAUGAGCCCCUGUUGUCUCUUCUCUGUGUGAGUCAGAUGUUUGGGAAGUGAAUGACAUUGUGACAUACGCCCCCUUUUGAAAUGUGAUUUAUCACUAGACAGGAUGGAUGUGAAUAUGUGUGUUGGGUGGGGAGAUGGGGAUGUCAUUCGAAAAAGAAAAA